AUGGUGCUUACUAAGGAUCCCCUGCCCUCGGCAUCGCUCCUCCUGAAUAUUCCUAUAGAGGUCCGUUUCAACAUCUAUGAGUUUGCUCUCGCCGAGGCAAAGCCCAUCGAGCCUCGCCAAGUCUGCCGCCGAUCCAACAAAUUUGUUUGGGGAAAUCACGAUUGUAAUUAUUCCGACAACUUCAAGCAUUCCGAUCCUCUAGACUUUUCAAGGGUACUAUCCUCCACAGAGGAAAAGUGCCUGACCAUUACGCAACUUUCACAAACAUGCCGGACGGUAUACCAAGAGCUGGAGGGAACUCCUUUCUUCUAUCGAGUGAAUGAAUUUCAUUUCGCAGAGCCGUACCAGCUGCAUGUGUUCUUGGUGGCCAUUACCCCUAGUCGCCGGGCCAUGAUCCGCAACAUCACCCUUGGGCGAGCCAAUGACAGUGACUUCUACUUUCAUACUUGCUUUCCCGGAAAGCUCGUUCAGUUCAAACUUGGGAGCGAGUUUGACACGACUGGACGUGCAACAGAUGCGGGAGGGUGGGUCGAUCGCUCCUUUGCUCGAGAGUGUAUUCACGCCUUGACGAUGCUCUCUGAAUGUACCGACCUCAAAGUACUCACCAUUGUAUUGGAGAUCAAUGAGCGCUGGGGUAUACCGAUGGUGGAACAAAUCAACAGUCACUGCCAUGAAGUUUUGAGUAUCGCCCUCUCGACUGAUGAUCACUUUGGCUUUUGGAGCCUGCCUGAAAUGAAGUUCUGCACUAGGAUUACGGAGGCUGCUGGUCAUCACGAAAUCAAUCUCUCUAAGCCCAUCGUCCCGACGCUCCCCUUACACUCAGAGCUCAUGAAGGAGCCCACAGCGAGUAUGAUCCGCAUGGUCCAGAAUGCCAUGGUUGCUCGCAAGAAGCGAUUAGAACAAGAAGAGGAAAAUGGAAAUGGCUGGAGAAACAAAAUCACCAGAUCUAUGAGACAACAUGCGUUCACGGACGCUAAAAUUGACUUCCCAGGCGAAGCUCGAGUCCAACAAAGCAUGGCUGACACCGAAGUUGGAGCUGUGUCGUCAAGAACCAGACGUCGCUGCCACGUCUCCAAUGUGAACUCUUCGGGUAUCAUUGAGUUCCAGCGUGGCAAAUACUCGACCACUAUGAUAAGCCCUAUGGAUUCCUUCUACAUGAAGAUCGAAAUGGUCAUAUGGACCGACACCGGCAUCAAAUGCCAAAUCUCGCCCCAGGUGGUUCUAGAUGGAGAAAACACUUCUUGGGUGCCACUUGAGAGGAUCGACGCCGACUUUGCCAUUGACAUCCUCUUCAAGUACUACAAGAAUCUCAUGAACGGACAAUUCAACAAUUCUGCACACCUGCAGGAGUUGCAGGCCAUGCCGACGCCAAAGGAAAUCUCUGGGGUGACCAAGAACAUCCUCAGAGACAAUACGGACUUGGAGCCUCGAUCAAUCAAGAAGCGACUCACAUCAUGGAAUACCCUAGAGCAGCGUUACGAGGCCUUUGUCGCCAGUCUGGAGGAUCAAGUCGAGUCAGAACAGCAAAGGGAUGCCGGAACAACUGUUGCGGCGACAACAGCUGCCACUACCAAACCCGUCUCCAAAGCGAAGGCCAGAAAUGCUUCCGUCGGCGAGCGCAAGAUGAAGUAGACUGGGAUCUAUUGAAUCCUCCAUGAAGUCUGACUUCCACAUCGGUAUUCAAGCACCAAAUUAUGAAUAGCAGUCAACAACCUCUUGUUGCCAAGCAAUAUCCCUGCAUUCAUCCGUCAUGACUCUAGUACCAAGAUUGACAACAGUUACAUUACGGUACCGGCUUUCACGGCCGUUAAAAUGUGAACCCUUGAUCACCUUUUUGUAUGUCGCACAGCUCUCGAGAUUCAUCCUUGUAUUGGCAAAUCUUCCCCUGCCUUUGAUUGUGCGGUCACAUCUUGGCAUGUUAGGGC